UUUGACAAAUACUAUGGGAGUUUGGAUAAAGUGAAUAUGUUGGUGUUGAUUGCGGUUGUGUUGGAUCCUAAAGCCAAGUUGAGUUAUGUGAAUUUCUUGUAUGGACAAAUUUAUGAUGAUGAAUUGAAAGUCAAUGAGAUGCAUUACAAGGUGAAGGUUGCAUUGGAGCGUUUAUAUGAAUUUUAUGAACAAUCUUCUCUUGCUUCAAGUGAUAGAAAUUUUGGUGCCCAAAGUUUGAGUGCUAGUAGUAGUGGUUCCAAUGCCGAUGCCGGUGGUAGUGAAGGUAGCAAGAUCAAGAAGUAUGACGCCCAAGCUUGGCGAAAAACCUUUAUGCACUCGAACCAACAUAUGUGCAAUGACAACAAAUCUGAGCUUGAUCAAUAUCUUGAAGAAAAAAAUGAAAAUAUUCUUGAUCUUGACCUUUUGAUGUGGUGGAAGACUAGUGGCUCAAAAUAUAAAAUUCUAUCUUUGAUGGCUCGGGAUGUUUUGUCUAUUCCCGUAACUACUGUUGCUUCGGAGUCGACUUUUAGUACAUCGGGUCGUGUGCUUGACAGCUUUCGAAGUUCUUUGACUCCCAAAGUAGUGGAAGCUUUGAUUUGCACUCAAGAUUGGUUGAGAGCCGUUCGUGUGCCGAUUGAUGUUGAAGAGUGCAUCGAAAAUGCAGAAAAAUUUGAGAUGGAUAUGGAUUGUCUGAAUGAGGAGAUUAUCGUCAGUAAAUAGAGUUUACCAGUUGAAGCGGAAUGAAUAUAUGUGGUAGGCUUUCUAAUACUUAUUUUAUUUUACCAAUAAAUUGAUAUGGAUUGUCUUAAUACUUUGGUUGUCUUUGA